AUGGUAAAGAAAGCUUUGGGUUCGCCCUCUGCAAAGAGGAUGAGGGUGGCUGUGCAUAACAACGUGCAGACUUCAGAUAGCACUGGGGUUCCCAGCGUUAACACACCUGAUAUCCCUCCUGAUCCAGGAGAGACAGACGACCCCGACACAUCUCCAGGUCCACCAGGAGACCUGGAUGCACCAGGCCCUUCCCAAUCCACGACCAUGGUUGUACCUGCUGUGGUCAUACCUCCUCCCCCUGAGGAAGACCCACCCAACGCGCCAGUUGGACCUGAUCCGUUCGUUGACACGUCUGGUUCCCCUGACAACCCAGUUGAGGUCGUCAACAUGGGUGCUAUAGAGGACUUGCGGGCUUGGGUUUAUCGCUCUAGCCCUGGAUUGGCUGGAAGCCAAAUUCCUCUAAACUCACCCCAGUUCAAGGCAACAAGUGUGCCUCCACCCAUACCAGAGGAAGUCUCUGCUGAUGAAGACUACGUCAGGACAACCACCUACCCUGUGCCUGGGCAUCCCAGUGUGAGGAUGAUGACAUAUGUCCCUCACGCUGAAGAACCCGAGCCUGGGAGUCCUUCAACCUCAUCACCAAGGAGAAUCCCUUCUUAUCUGAAGGGAAAGAGUGUCGAUUGGGGCCCUAAGGGCCCGCCUGUUGUCCUCAGAAGGACACAGCCACUUCCUCAGUCGCCUCCUGCGCCUGAAGCGCUGUAG